GUUGUGGGCUAUGCGGCAGGCUAUGAGUGAUGUGUGGCUAUAUUCCAGGUUCCUGAUAGCUCUUGGAUCUUCUAUGCUUUGGAUUCCGACUCGAAAAUCUGCAACUCCUAAAACUGCAAAUGACCUCUUUUUGUGGUUCAAUUAUUUCCCUUCUCCCGAGACUUCUAUUGCCAUCCAAGCCCAAUCCCACGGCUUCCACCUUCCUCUAAGCACGCUUCCCUUUAAUCUAGGUCCAUCUCUUGUCCUUGAUCUACGAUUUACGUUCCGCAGGUGACCCUGAAAGGAGUCCGAUAUCCUCGUACCGUUUUUGCAUUUGUCGCCCAAGGGCCCAAAUAAUCGACAAUCCUAAACCCGCCAAUGAGGAAGAGUAGUGGGUACU